CAGGGGGUGGGGCCCUGUUUGGUUCCGGAAGAGUGCUCGAGGCGAGGUGGUGUCGCUAUGGUGGAGUGGAGGAAUCAUCGCAUUCGUUAGCUAGCUGCUAUCUGUUUUGUUCUGAGUGUAAUGAGCGCAGCCAUCGGCAUCAGCGAUCCGCGAGACUUGUUUUGUUAUUGAGGCGCCACCACGAUGACCCGCUGACCACCGAGGAUGGACAGCAGUGAACAAUGACGGGGGAGAAAAAGAAGAAGAAGCGGCUCAACCGCAGCAUUCUUCUGGCCAAGAAAAUUAUCAUAAAAGAUGGAGGGAGUCCUCAGGGAAUCGGUGAGCCCAGCGUCUACCAUGCCGUGGUGGUCAUCUUCCUGGAGUUUUUUGCGUGGGGUCUCCUCACUACCCCCAUGCUCACGGUACUGCACCAGACGUUUCCCCACCACACCUUCCUGAUGAAUGGCCUCAUCCAUGGCGUCAAGGGCUUGCUGUCUUUUCUCAGCGCCCCCCUCAUCGGGGCCUUGUCGGACGUUUGGGGCCGCAAAUCCUUCCUGCUGCUCACGGUCUUCUUCACGUGCGCACCCAUCCCGCUGAUGAAGAUCAGCCCAUGGUGGUACUUUGCUGUCAUCUCCAUGUCCGGGGUCUUCGCAGUCACUUUCUCUGUCAUCUUUGCGUACGUCGCCGACAUCACGCAGGAGCACGAGAGGAGCACGGCGUACGGCUUGGUGUCAGCCACGUUUGCGGCCAGCCUGGUCACGAGCCCGGCCAUUGGUGCCUACCUGUCGGUGGCCUACGGUGACACCCUGGUGGUGAUCUUGGCCACGGCCAUCGCGCUGCUGGACAUCUGCUUCAUCCUGGUGGCCGUGCCCGAGUCACUUCCCGAGAAGAUGAGGCCGGCGUCGUGGGGUGCGCCCAUCUCAUGGGAACAGGCGGAUCCCUUUGCGUCUCUGCGCAAAGUGGGCCAGGAUUCGACGGUGCUGCUCAUCUGCAUCACAGUGUUCCUCUCCUACCUCCCUGAGGCGGGCCAGUACUCAAGCUUCUUCCUCUAUCUCAGACAGGUCAUCCGCUUCUCGUCAGAGACGGUGGCUGCCUUCAUCGCCGUAGUGGGGAUCCUCUCCAUAUUAGCUCAGACUGUAGUGCUGGGCAUCCUGAUGCGAUCCAUCGGCAACAAGAAUACCAUCCUGCUGGGCCUCGGCUUCCAGAUCCUCCAGCUGGCCUGGUACGGCUUUGGCUCGCAGCCCUGGAUGAUGUGGGCCGCCGGCGCCGUAGCAGCCAUGUCCAGCAUCACGUUCCCCGCCAUCAGCGCCAUUGUGUCCCGGAAUGCCGACCCGGACCAACAAGGCGUGGUCCAGGGCAUGAUCACGGGGAUCCGGGGCCUGUGCAAUGGCCUGGGUCCCGCUCUCUAUGGCUUUGUCUUUUACCUUUUCCAUGUGGAGUUGACCGACACGGACGCCUCGGAGAAAGGCGGCAAACCCAAUAUGGCUAACCCCACGGAUGAGAGCGCCAUCAUCCCGGGCCCUCCUUUCCUAUUUGGCGCCUGCUCGGUGCUGCUCUCCCUGCUGGUGGCGCUGUUCAUCCCCGAGCACACGGGGCCCGGCGCCCGCCCCGGCGCCUACAAGAAGCACAGCAAUGGGGCUCAAAGCCACUCGCACAGCCCGCAGGGCAGUGGGGCCGAGGGGAAAGAGCCUCUGUUGGACGACAGCAGCGUAUAACCUCGGAGCACUUUUUGAACUCUUGUGAGUGCGUCGGUGCCGCUGGGUUUUCAAUCUGUUACUAACUCGUCACACGCUGCCAGUCUGGAGGGAAUACCUAGCAGGGACUCGGGGAAAGCAGACCACUGUAGAGACCACACGGAUCGGCUCAAAGCUGUCGUCUUCGACUUCUUCAUGAGGGUUGCAAAGCGGUGCAAGAUUUGUGGUAACUUUCCAUGGAAAGUUAAGAUGGGGGAAUUUUGGAAAUGAAUAAGCAUAAAUGUAAAUAUCACAUUUUUAAUUUAAAAAAAAAAAUACAAAUAAAGGCCGUGAUUUAUUUGGAUAUGUAGUUUAAAAUAUUUUAUUGCACAAUCAAGUCCGCAGGACAGAAGCCUAAACAUUGACUUAAAUAUGACCAAAAUCCAUUCAGAAAUGAACUUAAAUACACCCCCUCGCCCCAAAAGGUCCCGCUCUUCCCUCGAGCGUGUCUCUGAAUUUUUGCAUAACCCUUUCAUGCAGAAGGGGGACCGGACCGUUCUCUGGCCUCCCCCGCAUAUCGGCAAAGAUUUUGAUAUCUGUGACUUUUUUUUUCCUGCUAUUUUCACAGCGAUGCGCUGUUCUUGUAUCGAAACGCAAAUUGUGAACGAAUUGGGCUUCGGGAAAGAACACUGGUUUCUUUGGAAAUGUCCAUCAAAACCAUUCCCCUCACAUCAUGUCAAAUAAACAACCUGGCCGACAAGUCCUUGUUUAUCACACUAUCCACAGUUACGGUUUCAUGAUCAAAAAUUGACACGUAAACCAGUCUUGCCCCCUACACUCACAACAUAAGCGGAAAGAAAAUCCUGGUAAAAAGCAGUGUUUAGGAUUGGAAAGAAUUACGUUUUUGUGUCAUCGUGCGACACAAAAACUUUUCUGGCCAAGCUGCUGCUUUCACAUCCGAAAUAGGCUUCUUCUCGUCAGGAUUCAGCUCAAAUAUAUUUCAUUUAAACUUCCAAAUAAGAGCAACCUUAAAUGUGGUCAUUUUCCUAUCAAUUCCCUUUAAUUCCCAUGGAUUGUUUACAAUUUUAAAAAGUCUGAUGGAAUUUUACAAGUGCACCGUCGCCGUUCAUUCUCUCAACAAACAGCGACACACAAACACACACUGUACACGUACCGUAGUUGUUUUCCCAUUUUUUUUAAUUUCACAAAUGUUGCCGUCAAGUGACUUAAGAUGACUAUCGAGAAUAAAUACAGAUGUAUAUGGAUAUUACGUAACCUGUAUGACGACUGUGGUCUGACAAGGCGCUGUAAUCUGAUCAUAUUGCUCCCAUCGGAGCCCCCCAUCCCCCAAAUCCAAUUUCCUGCCUUUCUUCUCGAUUUUAUUUCCCCCCCCCCCCCCCCCCGUUUACUGCAUUGCCACGUCCUGUCCUCUACCUAUUUCCCCCCCAAUUUUUGUCUUGUGUGUCAUGACUUUUUGUCUCCUCCCCACUUGUUUGCAUUUUCCCCAACUUAUCCGGUAUCUGAAAUUACAGCCCAAUUUUUAGGCCCUUUUUACUCCGCUUUGUUUUGUUCUUGAGCCCAUUUCCUGCAUGUCUCCAUUUGGACCCCGUUCCUCCUAAAUUUCUUGCCUUGUCUUUCUAUUUUGGCCAACUUCCCGCCUCGUCUCACUCAUUUCCCAUCAUUUCCUGCAUUCAACCAGCCGAAUGUUGGACCCGGUCUCCAUUUUGCCCAUCGAUCAUUGUUAGCUUUAAUUUUGCCCUUCUUCGUGCCACAUUUCACAACCACCCCCUGCUUUUCUUCCUCACUUCCUCGCUCAUUUCCCAGUUCCCACCUUGCGUUACCAAUUUCAACCACUUCCUUCCUUGUGUCUCCAUCACAGGUUAUAUUUUUAGCGCCUCAAGAUUCAAAACAUACAAACACACGAGGCGUUGCCAUAAAAUAGCAUCUGUAAACUUUGAAAGAUGGACCCCCACUCUAUUUUGUGGCUGGGAACACCUCACUCUCGGUUAAGAGUUUCAGUUCAGCGUGAUGUCACUCACAAUGUUUAGAAAAUUUGAUUUGACACAAACUACAAUUGCUUCGUAAGCGACCAGAUAUCACGAUUUACGGCUUCUUUAGCUCCAUGAACCUCGAUUGUUUUUGUGUCAAUGUAAACGCUUCAAGUGCAUUUCAAAGUCACUCGCCAAUCAUGUUUAACAUUUGUGCCAAUAUUUUUUGGGUUGCUUUUUUUUUUCUGCCGUAAGCAAGACAUCGUGUUUUUUAUCUAUAUAAAUAUGUACAGCCUUUCAAAACCUUUUUGUUGCUUUUUUUUAGGAAUGGUAUAAAAAAUGGGACGUCCAUCUCCUUUCACAUGACAAGCAUUUCACUUUGGUUAAUUGUGUUUUAUUCUUCAUCAUCACGGAACGUUUCAAAACGAACUGUACCAUGGUUGGACAACCUGCAGCGCGUGGGCCUCUUUACAGGCCACAGCCAGUGUUUUAUGCGGUCCGCCAUUAUUAUUAUUAUUAUUAUUUGUUUUAAGUUAUGUCCAAGAAGGAGAUGUUAUACACCAAUGUAUAUUUUUUUAGUGAUCAAAUACUGGACCAAAAUGUACAUUUGGAGCUACACAUUGUAAACUGUCCAGCCUGAGCAGGCUGUAUAAAGUGACCUAAAGUGACAGAUUUUGGAAGACCACCCCUCAACCUCCCUUAUUUUUUUAAUCCCCCCCCCCCCCCGCCCCUUCUUCCCCAUUUCGGUAUGAGUGGGUCGAGUUGCACAUUUGAACAAAGUACAACAAAACAGGAAGUGAAAAUCCAACCGCCCUCUCCCUCUUUCUCUGUGUGCCUAAAAUUAGCCAAGAAAAUGAAAAAUGGCGACAAUUAAGUCGAGCUGGUUAUGAUGUAAAUAUGGGAAACUAAUGAAGCUAUUUAUUAAAGGUUUAUUGUACAAUUC